AUGGGAGGAGAUAGUAGAAAAGAUUUCAUUCUCCACACCAUCGAGAAUUAUUUUUCCUUGGCGGGGGAUAAGGGUCGGCUCACGGACCUUUACACGGAAGGAAGCCUCAAUGACUUCUUGGAUAAUGGAAAUUCCUUCAUUCUCGUUGCCACGCUCGACAAAGACAAGAUAUCCCUUCAAAACAAGUUGAAGGGAAGUCUAAAACCGGAGAAUGCAUUGAUAUUCUUCAAGAUCCGGCCGUCGGUGAUCGUGCCCGAAAAUGUUCAUACGGACGUAUAUGUAUCGUCGAUGAUAGAUUCUCCCCUCAACACUCUUUAUCACGCCCUUCAGAAAGUUUAUACCCCUCUACUACUCAAGGACGAUCAAUGGAACAAGAAUCUGAGUCCGAAGUUGCAGAGCCUCAUCAGUGAACUUGAAGCCGGCUUGGGGACGGUGAUUAGGAAGAACGAGGGAGAAAAGCAAACCACAUCGUCUCUGGCAGGGAUCUAUCGGCCGGAAGAAGAAAGGGAAUAUUGGUUGGAGCUGGCAUCAUCCGGGAAAGGCGGAUCGACCGCCCAGAGAAUAGCCGCAUCGUUGGAGUCCGUUGCAAGGGAUUUCUCCAACCUGGAUUCCAAGACCCUACAAGAACUGGACGACGUCUUAGAGAACACGUUCACCUCCCUCGAUGACCUCUGGAAGGAAGAAGAGUCCUAUCCCCAAGAGCGAAUGAAACACCUCAUGGAAAUCAUCGGUUCCACGUUGGCUCAAAGGCUGCAGGAAGAUCUGUCAUCGCAGGACCUUUGGACUAUGCCCUAUUCUCAGAUGGAACAGAUCGUAUCCACGAGCAAGAAUGUAGCCGAAAAAUGGACCGAUGUUUCCCAGAGGCUCACCGGUCUCUUCUGGCCGAAUUUCGCCCCUCACAAAUGGAAGGGCGAACCUUUCCUUCCCAAAUACAUUCAAGGAUUCUCUCACAGGCUCGAAGAGAUCGUGAACAUCCGGACGAUCCAUCGGCAGCUGACAAAUCUCCUGUCACAAUCGGAGCAAGGAGAACUGAGAACGGCAGAAGCCUUUUCCAUCUUCUUCGGAAUGAAUCCGGUUCUUUACAAUCCCUACACCGAACCGCUAUGGCAGAAUGCACUUCAACACUACGAAAACUUUCUGAAGCCAGCCGAGCAGAGAAUCGCCCACAAACUCAAGGCGCAACUUCGGGGCAUGAAGGAUAACGUCCUUCAACUGGUGCAGGAAUUUCGUCGCUACACGGCACUCUUGCAACAUGAAGUGAUUAGAAAAGAAUUACAGGAUGACAGGAUGGCUCUUUUGACUACACUGACUGAGUAUAUCAAGUCCGCCCGAUUGCAAUUCAGGAGGCAGCAGGGUCCAGGAGCUCUUCCAAAGAUAGGAGACAUCACCGAUACCGUUCGCAGUAUCACCUGGGUGCAUCAACUCGAAGCAAAGUUGGCUUCGAUCGAAGACGUGAGCUCGAAGAUCCUGAACGAUUUGGGUGGAUUCGAUACCCUGUCGAGUGGCAUUCGGGAUUUCAAAGACGAACUGAACGAGUAUAAACAGGACCAGUUCUCCUCGUGGUGCAGAGACAUCUCGGCCAGCAUCAGCGACCAAACCUUGAGCUUGGCGACAGAGAAGAAGGUGGCGGACUUCAACAAGCACCAAAAGAUGAUCAUCACGUACAAUCCAGCCUUGGUGACGCUGAUCCGAGAGGUCAGGCAGUUAUCCAUCCUUGGAUACAAGAUACCGGCAAAAAUUCUGGAAACGACUCAACUCGCCCAAAAAUACAUGAAACAAGCCAAGGCCCUUGAUCACGGAUUUUUUAAGUCCAGUGAUAUUGAAGAACUAGACCUCUCUGUGCGCGUGAACAGGGCUGGUGCUCCGGAGGAGGGACGCAAGGAUGAUGCCCUGCCCAAGGAUGAUGCCCUGCCCAAGGGGAUUGCAACAGUGCACAACACGAUCUCGGACCGUAUCAUUCGAGCGGUGAUGCCUCUUUUGCUGGAAAGUGCGUUGGCAUUGAACAACCUGGUGAGGGAGGAGCACUCCGUCACUUGGUCGGAUGCCAAAGCUGUUGAUGCCUACAUCGCCAAGCUUCAAAAUGCCGUCGAGAAGCUCAACCGAGACAAUAACCGAGCCUCGUCCUUCCACUAUCAACUCAAGGACAAGACUAUUCAACUUAUGGGCAUGGACCUGUUAAGACACGAAGAAAAGUGGAAGGAGAGGCUGAAGGAAAUUCGUGGAAUCAUCGCUGCUGCGGAAACAGCGGGAUUCCGCGAUCUCAAAGGAUGGAAGGCCCAUUGGGAUCACCAGCUCUAUAAGGCCCUGGAGCAUCAGUAUCAAGUCGGCUUGGAGUCCCUCAAUCAGCACCUUCCAGGUUUUAGGAUCGAAUUAGUCUAUCAAAAUCAGGAACUGGGGUUCAAACCACCCAUGGAAGAGAUACGUCGCAGAUACUAUGGCCAAAUGAAGAAAUUCCUCUCUAUCCCUAACAAGUUCAAAGGUGUUGCAGAGGGUGCAGACAAGAGUCCCAUAUUCGCCAUGAUGAUCGACAGAAAUGCCCAUCGGUUCAAGGGCUUGUUUCUUCAGGCGGACACGCUAUUCCUUCAUCUUAAUGUGAUUCGUGAUACAUUCUUUGAUGCCGUUCAAUGGGCCACGGUGGACCUGACCGAAGUGGCAGAAGAGGUUCUUACGACCUGGGACGACUGGGACACCAGUUUCAAGACCAUCUCCCAAAUGGGCCAGCAGUUCAACAAACUCCCCAAUGGCGAACAGAAGCUGGAAUGUUUCACCAUCAGCUUCUCUUCGAUUCAUGACGAAUUAGACAGAAUGAAGGAGAGGUAUCUCAACACUCUGGCGAACACUCUUCACAAGUCCAUCGUCAAGGAUGCUUCUCAGGUCGAAAAAUUCUCUGCAGAAGCUACAGAGACACUGAAAAGACAGCCACAAUCCGUAGAAGAAAUUGGAGAAGUGAACGCAAAGCACGCGGAAUACACGGCACAAAUGAAUCAGAUGCUAUCCCUGAUGGAAGGAGCAGAGAAGAAGAACCGAAUCUUGGCCAAAUACAUGAACAGGAAAGUGGAAUCCCUCCCAAAUGUCCUCAAUUCCUGGGACAACUUCUCAUCUCUGAUGGACUCCCAUCAACAGAUGAUCAGCCAACAAGUUCUCUUAGCCUCCAGCAUAUCUCCCAGGCGAAAUGUUGAAGCGAUCAAGGCAAACCUGCUGACACAAGUGGACAACUUCAAUGGAGAGCUAGAGAGGUUUGCAGCCCGUUGGCACCAAUUGAAGCCGAAGGAAGAGGCAUUGGAAGGGGGUGAUCAAUCCAAAAUCGAGGCCGGCAUCAAAAUCGUGAAAGAGAAGCGCAAGGAAUGGGACAUCCUCAUGGAAACUCGAGACACACUUCAGAAGGACUUUGGACAAUUUCGUAUGGAAGAGCCGAAAUAUCCUCUUCUCUCGGAGACUGAAGCAGAUCUCCAGAAAUAUGAAGCAAUGUGGUGCCAAUUCGAAGAGUUCAGAUCAGGUUUACGACAAUACGAGGCCGAGGAAUGGAUCGUAUUCCGAAGCAAAGUGUAUCAAUUUGAGGAAUACCUUAGUACCUGGCAAGAGAAACUGAGUUCCUCGAAAGGUGAAACUACCACCCUCACGCUUCGACUGAUACAGGAUGUCGAGAAAUAUCGAGAAGUAGUUCCAGUGCUGAAAUAUGUGAGAGGGGAGUCAUUUUCGGACAAACAUUGGAUGGAAGCUUUCAGUCUCUUGGGGAUUCCAACAUCCACAUCUCCUGUCCAGUUAAUCUUUGGUCAUCUCCUCAGGGUCCGAGACGCUCUUCUCGCUAAUACUGACGCCCUCAAGGAAUUGAACGCGAGGGCCCAGGUUGAGGUAGUGAUCAGACAGGCGUUGGAUAAACUGGAUGUUUGGGCUUUCGAUUCACGAUUCACCUUCAGAGAACAUACUGACAGCACUGGAACUCGAGUCUCACUCAUCAAAGAAUGGAAAGACACAAUCAACAAGGUCGGUGACCACCAGCUGAUCCUGCAAUCUGUCAAGGAUUCUCCGUAUUACGAUGCUUUUAGUGGACGAGCGACGGAAUGGGAGAACAAGCUGGCUGACUUGGAUUUCUUUCUUCACAAUCUCAACCAGAUUCAGAGAAAAUGGGAGUAUCUGGAACCGAUCUACGGGAACAAGUUGAUCCCAGACGAAAAAGCGUUGAGUCGAUUCCGAAGAAUCGAUAGCGAUUUCAAGAUGGUCAUGGGAGAUAUCGAACGGGAUUCCAAAGUAGUCAGUCUUUGCAAGAUAUCUGGAUUAAGGAACAUACUCUCCAACAUGCUCGAACAACUCAACUGGUCUCAGAAGAGUCUCAAUGACUUCCUCGAGGAGAAACGAAACAUUUUCCCUCGAUUCUAUUUCAUCGGGGACGAGGAUCUCCUGGAGAUUUUGGGCAGAUCCACAGACGAAGGUGUGAUUCAGCAACACCUGAAAAAACUCUUUGCUGGGAUCCACAGUGUAGAAUUUGACAACUCCAAGACCAAAGUAGUUGCCAUGAAGUCUCUGGAAGGAGAACUCGUGCCCCUCGACAAUCCUGUCACUGUCACCACCCAUAUCGAGGAAUGGUUGGCACUGCUUUCUAAGGCGAUGAGGUCUACCCUGAAGGGCUUGACUGUGGAAUGCAUUGAUAUUGGCAGAAACGGAAGUCCAGAUCCUCUCAAAUAUCCGUCCCAAAUUUUGUGUCUAGCCGAGGCCGUCCUUUUCACGGAAAGGUGCACAGAGGCCAUUCGACGCGGUCGACUGUCCGAUUUUAUGAAAGACCUGCAGAGGCAGUUGGAGUCUUUGACAAGCCAACACCUCGACCCAGAGGACACUGAGAGUCACGUUCUCGAAUUAAAACUCAAGGCCCUGGUCUUAGACACGAUCCAUUACAUCGAUGUCGUCAAUGGACUUAUCGAUGCCGAUGCCAAGUCCCUCGAGGAUUGGAUGUGGCAGAAACAACUCAGAUAUUAUCUGGAUCCGAGUGACAAAAUGGUGAAAAUGAAGAUGGUUGAUGCCGAGUUCCUCUACACCUACGAAUAUUUGGGGAAUGCCCCGAAACUCGUUCACACUCCUCUCACAGACAAAUGCUACCUCACUCUCACUCAGGGAAUGAAAAUGGGACUGGGAGGGAAUCCAUAUGGUCCAGCUGGAACUGGGAAAACGGAAUCUGUGAAAGCCCUUGGGGGACUUUUCGGGAGGCAAGUCCUUGUCUUCAACUGUGAUGAGGGGAUUGACGUGAAAUCAAUGGGGAGGAUCUUCGUGGGGAUCGUGAAAUGUGGAGCAUGGGGAUGCUUUGAUGAAUUUAAUCGACUCGAGGAAGCAGUCCUUUCUGCUGUUUCCAUGCAAAUCCAGGCCAUUCAGGCUUCGUUGAAGAAACGCGCCUCCUCUGUCUCUUUACUGGACAAGGAGGUGAAUCUGGACCAGAAUUCCGGGAUCUUCAUCACGUUGAACCCGGCAGGAAAAGGGUAUGGGGGUCGCCAAAAAUUGCCCGAUAAUUUGAAACAACUUUUCCGACCGGUGGCCAUGAGUAAACCAGACAAUGAGCUCAUUGCCGAGGUCAUUCUCUUCUCGGAAGGGUUCAAAAACGCGAAGAUGCUUGGAAAUAAGCUCGUCGAAGUCUUCAACAUUUCCAGCGAGCUACUGUCACGGCAGCAACACUACGAUUGGGGUCUUCGAGCCCUAAAGACAGUGCUUAGGGGUUGUGGGUCAAUGCUCCAAGAGAGGAAAAAGUCCUCAAACGAAGGAGGGGAGAGAAUGGAGACAGAAAUUGCCGUUCAGGCCCUUCGUCUCAAUACCCUGUCCAAGUUGACUUUCGCGGAUUCUGUUCGAUUUGACGCCCUCGUUGCUGAUAUCUUUCCCGGCAUCCCAUUCCUAGAAGUGGCCUACGAACAACUUCAAGAACAACUGAGACAGAGUGUUCUCGAUCUGGGUCUUUCACCCAACGAAAAUCAGGUGAAGAAGGCGGUGGAGCUGUACGAGCAGUUGCAGCAACGAACUGGCGUGGUGAUCGUAGGCCCUUCGGGAAGUGGGAAAUCUGUUCUCUGGAAAAUGCUGAAACAGGCUUUGACAAAAGGAGGACAAGAGAUCGUCCUUCACACGGUGAAUCCGAAGGCCAUGCCCAGAACACAGCUAUUGGGUCACAUGGACCCUGAUACCCGAGAAUGGACUGAUGGAGUUCUCACAAAGAGUGCCAGGGAAGUCGUCGCACUUCCCAAAACGACGAAGGCGUGGAUCAUCUGUGACGGAGAUAUAGAUCCGGAAUGGAUCGAAUCUCUCAACUCUGUCUUGGAUGACAAUCGACUGCUGACGAUGCCUUCUGGUGAACGGAUUCAAUUCGGCCCCAACGUCAACUUUCUGUUUGAAACGCAUGAUCUCAGCUGCGCUUCGCCAGCAACUGUCUCUCGAAUGGGCAUCAUCUUUCUCAGUGAUGAAGACACAGAUGUGAAGUCGGUCGUGGAGUCCUGGAUGAAGAAACAGUCCGAUGAUGGCCAGAUGUUCCUCUCACGCUAUUUGGACGAUUAUUUCUACAAAGCCGUGCAAUGGGUCUUAAGCCAAGGAGAGCUAAUAGUGGAGAUGAGCUUGUUGGGCAUCGUUCUCAGCGGGUUAUCUCAUCUGGCUGGAGUAAAAUCCCAACCACAAUUCACUAUUGGGCUCAUCAAGGGCCUGGGAGCCAACCUUUCCUCGCUAUCCAGGGAAAAUUUCGCUAAAGAAGUAUUUUCAUGGCUUGGAGAGCAUCCACCGAAUCAGAGGAACCCCCUCAAUGCCUACUAUAAUGCGAGCCGAGAUAGAUUAGACUCCUACGAAGGACGUCAAUCUCAAAGAAUCUCGAUUCAAUCCCUGAAUGGGGAUGGGAAGUUGCCAUUGAUUGAGACCCCUGGUGUUCUCGCCAACAUGGAUUUAUUCAAGCCCUGGCUGGACUUGAAUUCUCCCAAGGCAUUCCUUCUCGUUGGACCUGAAGGAUGCGGCAAAAGUAUGAUUCUGCAUCACUGUUUCGAGAACUUGAGGUCCACUCAGGUCGCCACUGUUUACUGCAGUUCACAGACUUCCCCUCAGCAAGUCAUACAAAAACUCUCACAGGUUGGGAAGAUCUCGUCCUUCCUCAGUAGGAUGAUAACAACGAACACGGGUCAAGUCUAUCGCCCCCUGGGCACAGAAAGACUCAUUCUUUAUUUGAAAGAUCUCAAUCUCCCAAAGCCGGACAAAUGGGGUACUUCCCAGCUCGUCGCUUUCCUCCAUCAGCUGGUCGCGUACAACGGGUUCUACGACAGCGACUUGGAUUGGGUGGGCCUUGAGGGGAUCCAGAUUGUGGCUUCUAUGGCUCCUGGAACAGCACAAGGAAGACAUUCUUUGUCAACACGGUUCACUUCCAUCGUUCAUGUCGCUUACAUCGACUAUCCUGAGGAAGAAGAACUGAAAAAUAUAUACGAAACAUAUCUCCAAGCCGUUGUCGAGCACAUGGUCUCCCCAAACAAUCCAUGGAGAACCCCUAACAAGAUUGAGAACCUGGCUUCUGCCAUGAUCCAUUUAUAUCAACAGCUGAGAAAGAACUUCAGCGUGGACGAUCACGGCCACUACAUGUUCACGCCUCGGGACCUGACCAGAUGGAUUCUGGGCCUACUGAGAUACAAUCAAGAUGAGGGAGAAGAUCAUAUGUUACUAGAGGCUUGGACUUACGAAGCCAUUCAGUUGUUCAGGAUCAAAAUGGCUGGAGAUACAGAUCGACAGAAAUGGGAUACCAUCGUAACAGAGAUACUUUCGUCGCAUUUUGGAGCCAGGGAUCUCUUUCCUAAAGCCCGAGAGAAUGAAUACGUGACUUGGGCGACGAGGGCAGAUCUGCAGGUGGCUGCAGGGGCUCCAUUGCCGACAUUUGGCAAAAGUGUUGCCAAAAUCUCCCCUGCGGACUGGGAAACCAUCAUCAUGAAGGGGAUCAAUAGAUUCGUACACGAGCACUACGACGUGGAUCUCCUCAUCUUUCCCGAGAUACUGGAGCUGAUGGCCAGCAUGGACAUGAUUUUGUCUCGACCUUCAGGAUCCGCCCUUUUAGUGGGUCGAUCGGGAGUAGGUCGCCGUCCCGGAGCCAGUAUCAUAGGUUGCAUGCACGGAUUUUCCCUUUAUGCCCCUUCCGUCACCCCUGCAUACGGAAUCAAGAACUUUGCCUCCGAUCUCAAACAGGUCCUGCAGAUGGUAGGAGUUGAGGGUCAGCAGGUGGUAUUUCUGUUAGAGGACUCUCAGCUGAUUCAUGACUCCUGCCUAGAAAUGAUCAAUAGCCUCUUGGCGGCAGGGGAAGUCCCAGGUCUCUUCUCACCAGAAGAAAUGGAACCUCUUCUUUCCAAAGUGAAGCAAGAGGCAUCCCAUGACGGAUUCCGGGGAUCCGUUCUGACCUAUUUCUCUCAAAGGGUUCUUCGGAAUCUACACUUGGUCCUCUUGAUGGAUUGCACUGAUCCAGAAUAUGCCGCUCGUUGCGAGAACAAUCCCGCCAUUUUCAAGCAGUGUUCCGUCAUAUGGUUGGAAGACUGGAGUAAAGAGACUCUAAGGAAAGUCCCGCGGAUCUUCUUCUCCAGGAAGGAGAAUGAGGAGGCCAAGGAAAGGGAUCCACAGGAUGAAGGAGAUGAAGGGGAAUGUCAACUGCCCGUUGACGAAGGAUUGCUCAGCCACUUCUUGGCCAUUCAUCGGACAGCACCGGAAUCCGUGUCCAAUCCCAGACGAUACCUGGCUUUUCUUCAAACCUUCAAAAGACUCUAUUGUGAGAGGAAGACCAGGAGCGAACAGAGACAAGCCCAUCUUCAGGCGGGAGUGCACAAACUACAAGAGGCGCAGACCGUUGUGGAAGAAUUGCAAAAGGUGGCAGCCAAGGACGAAAAAGUGUGUGCAGCGAAACAGGCUGAGGCAAAAGAAGCCUUAAAUCAAAUCCGAGCUACCAUGAGCAAUGCCAACACCCAACGAACUGAGAUGGAAGGCCUCCGACAGGUGACCAUGAAAGAGGAAUCCAACAUCAAAGAAAGGAAGAAGGCGAUAGAUAAAGAACUGGCAGAGGUGGAGCCCUUGAUUCAAGAGGCGAAAUCAGCCGUGGGAAACAUCAAGACCGAGGCUUUGGCCGAAAUAAGAUCCAUGAGAGCCCCGCCCACUGUCAUCAGGGACAUUCUAGAAGGCGUUCUGAGGCUCAUGGGGAUUCAAGAUACGUCAUGGAAUAGCAUGAAGACCUUCCUGGCCAAGAGAGGAAUUCGAGAAGAGAUCCGAAACUUUGAUGGGAGGAAGAUCUCGUCCGAGAAUAGAGCCGGCGCGGAAAAACUUCUUCGAGAGCGAAAAGAGUCCUUUGAACCGAGUGUGGCGAAAAGGGCAUCGACUGCAGCUGAACCUUUGGCUGCCUGGGUUAUUGCUAAUGUCCGAUUCGCAAGAGUCUUGGAAAAGAUCAAACCCCUUGAGGACGAACAAAACCGCCUUCAAAAGAACCUGAGAACAGCUGAGACUCAAAUGACGGAGUUGACUACCGGCCUGGAAGACGUGGACAAACAGGUCGCCAUCUUGCAGGAGAAAUUCAAUCAGUCGACCAAGGAAGCAACGCAAAUGGAGCUGAAACUUCAGGAAGCCACCAACAAGAUCAAGACGGCUAGAGAUCUAAUCGGAAAACUGGGUGGGGAAUACAAGAGAUGGACGGAGCAGGCGAUGGAGCUUGGGACCGAUCUGGAGACGUUGCCACAGAAAGCACUGCUGGCAGCGGCAUUUGUCACCUAUCUGUCAGCCAGUCCAGAGGACAUGAGACAGGAAAAAAUGAGGAAAUGGCAAGAAUUGGUUGGUUUGACUCAAUUUGACUUGAGAGGAUUCCUGGCCAGCGAAAGGGAUCAAUUGAUCUGGAAAAGCGAAGGACUCCCAUCUGACGAUCUCUCCAUCGAGAAUGCUCUAGUGAUUCUCCAGGUCUCUCCGAUGAAACCUGGGCAUGCUCUUCGUCCACUAUUGGUGGAUCCAUCGUCUAAGGCGAGUGAAUGGCUUCAACGCCAUCUGGCUCAGUCCGGGAAAGUGGAGGUGACGAACCCACGAGAAAGAAAAUUCGGAACCACUCUAGAACUUGCAAUAGAAUUCGGGAAGAUCUUAAUCAUCACUGAAGUUGAUUCCGUCGAUCCUGUUCUUUUUCCCGUUCUGCGGGGGGAGCUCAUCACCCAAGGCGGCCCGCAAAGGAAGAUCCGUCUUGGGGAUAAGGUGAUUGAUUACAACUCUAAUUUCCGGCUCUUUUUGACGACGAGGAAUCCGAAUGCAGACAUUCCUCCUUCGGCUGCUGCUGUCGUCACCAUCGUCAAUUUCACAACCACCAAGGCUGGGCUUACCGGACAGCUCCUAGCGGCGGCCCUGCAGCAAGAGAAGCCAGAACUGGAGAAAAAGCGUCAAGAACUGUUGAGGAGACAGGAGGAGAUGAAAGUCUCUCUUUUACAAUUGGAAGAAACACUCUUGCAGAAACUGGCUUCGGCCCAGGGCAACAUCCUCAGCGAUACCGACUUGUUGGAUUCCUUGACGGAGAUGAAAGGGAAGGCAGAGACUAUUGGGAAAAGUCUGGAGGAAGCCGUUCGUGUCCAGGCCACAGUGGAGACAGAAAGAAAUUCUUAUCUCCCAUUGGCUGAGAGUGGAAGCGAGCUUUAUUUUGUGAUCAAGGAUUUGAUCAAGAUGAACUCGAUGUAUCGCCUCUCCUUAGACGCCUUCCUCAUCCUCUUUCAAAAGGCUCUUAAAACAGGACAGCCGAAGGAAGGAGGAGAGAACGAGGAGAGGGUGCGAUCCUUGAAGAUGUCCCUCUUGAUCCACGUUUAUCAAUACGUCAGUCAGAGCCUGUUUAAGGCAGAUCGACUCAUGUUCGCCCUUCAUGUCGCUCAUGGCAUGAAACCACAGCUCUUCAAUCCCAGCGAAUGGGAAGCGUUUACGGGGAUGCUGUACACGGACCUGAAAUUCGAUGCCACGGAAAUGAAGUCCAACCUCCCUUCGUGGGUCAACGAGGAGAGGGCUUUGGCCGUCACUCUCCUAAAGACGACGUUUCCAGAGCUGUAUACGGUGCUGGACCUAAACAACGCUCCGAUGUGGGCAGAUUUUGCCCGAAGUCCUCGGUGCGAAGAAAGCUUGCAGGGGGAUUUGGCUAAGAAACUGACUCCAUUUCAGCAGCUCCUCGUCGUCCAGGCUCUCAGGCCUGAUCGGCUUCAGUCGGCUAUGGAGAAAUUUGCCUCCCGGGCCUUAGGCUUGAAAGAGUUGUGGCCUCCGGCGUUGAACCUGGGUAGACUGGUGAAUGAAGCUGAAGCCAGGGAGCCGAUUCUCCUCCUUAUUUCUCCUGGGUCAGACCCAUCGGAAGAGAUUCGAGAUUUGGCACAACACACCUUUGGAGAUCAAGCUCACGGAAAAUUUCAAGCCGUGGCGAUGGGGCAAGGUCAGGCGGACGUGGCCCUAGAAAAGCUGUCCCAGGUGGCAACGGCUGGUGGCUGGCUAUGUCUUCAGAAUCUUCACUUGGUUACAGGAUGGCUACCAGCCCUGGAACACGCUCUCGGGCAACUCAAACCUGAUCCUCAAUUCAGACUUUUGUUGACAGCCGAGGCUCAUCCCAAAUUUACACCUUUAAUAUUGGAAAUGAGCCACAAAAUCACAUAUGAGGGCUGGACAAAAUUCUACGAGUUCAGCUUCGCUGACCUCAGAUGUGGAAUAGACAUCGUCGAUCGUCUCUUAGAUGAUGCCCAAAAAAAUGGAAUUCCUUGGACUCACGUCCACGAACUGUUCGUGAAUGCCGUCUAUGGGGGUCGGAUCGAUAAUCCCUUCGACACGUCCGUCCUGACCUGUUACUUAAAAGAUUAUUUCAAUUCUCAGACGUUGUCGGAAGGAGGAUCAAGACGUCCUCUCGGAGGGGUCUUGGAUCUCCCAGAAUCAUUGGAAACGCAGGAUUAUUUAAGACAGGUCAAGGAACUGUCGGACACCGAUCAGCCUUCUUAUUUCGGACUCCCGGCGAAUAUCCAAGGAGUUCUGCAACGGAAUACGAGCACACAGGUGAUAUCCCGAUUGAGGGUGCUCAUGAGACCCUCAGAUGCAGAGGCCUCGUUUGACCGAGAACGCUGGAACGCAGAACUGUCACCCAUCUUGAACCUGUGGAAGAAACUAAACAAAGGAGAAAGCAUGCACACCAUGAGACUGACCCCUCCGAUAGUAGAGAAGGGCGGGAAAAGCAAUCCUUUGGACGUCUUCAUCGCACUCGAGAGAUAUUCAGCCAUAAUGCUUGUGCAAAGUAUACACCGAUCUUUGGCCGCUCUCUCAAAGGUCAUUCAUGGAUCUGCUCUUCUCUCUUCACCCGUUCAAAACCUGGCACGCGCUCUACUUCAACAGCAGGUACCAGAGGCGUGGUCGUCCAUCUGGGAGGGCCCUGAAGACCCCAUGGCCUAUCUAAGAGCUGUCGUAUCAAAGGGCCUUGCCGUUCAAAAAUGGUUUUCCAAGGCUGAACAGGGCACAUUGGUCCAUGAUACUCUGGAUCUUGGCGAUCUCCUUCAUCCUAACACUUUUCUUACUGCUCUGAGGCAGCAGACAGCCAGGGAGUAUAAGGGAGACGUGGCAAUUGACGGGCUGAAGCUGGUGAAUUCCUGGGGCAGUUCAGGGCUUCGGGCAUCAAGAUUGCCUGUCUCUAUCGGAGGGCUUUUAUUGGAAGGGUGCAGUUUUGAGGGGGGAACCCUGAAGGAAAACGCCCCUAAUUCACCGACGGUGAUACCAGUGCCUGCAGUUACCUUGGCCUGGGUACCCAAGGAUGGAUCGGGAGGGCAAGAAGGCGGGAAUAGCAUUUCCUUGCCUGUUUAUCUGGAUUCUCGACGAGAGAAGCUCUUGACGCGAUUGUCCGUGCCAGCUGGGGGUCAGCCCGACAGGUGGAUCAAAGCUGGAGCCGCCCUUUUCCUCAAGAACUAAUCACACUGUUACUACCGAUCCCUCUCUCACGGAUUACCAUAUUUUUCUUUUUUCAAAUAAAAUAUCGGAGUUCCCAGGGAAGAG